UUCCGCGCGGGGCAUUGUGGGAAGGGCGGCCGGUGCAGCCGCGGCUGCCAUCUUAGCAACUCCUGGCGUUGCGGCCUGGUCGUCGGAGGCGGCCUUCGUGGCGGCCGUUCACCUCAGAGAGCGGUAUAAAGUCAGCUGGCCGACGGCCUUCCUUCCUCCGGCCUCGAUAGGACGGCCAGCCCGCGUCCAGAGGCGGAAGCGAGGGCAGUGGGAGGCGUGCGGGGCCCCAGGCCAGCGGUUAGUCACAGCGUCGCCCGGAAGGAUGGGCCGGUCUCGGAGCCGGAGCUCGUCCCGCUCCAAACACACCAAGAGCAGCAAACACAACAAGAAGCGGAGCCGGUCGCGGUCGCGGUCCCGGGACAAGGAGCGCGUGCGGAAGCGCUCCAAGUCCCGGGAGAGUAAACGGAACCGGCGGCGGGAGUCGCGGUCCCGCUCGCGCUCCACCAACACGGCCGUGUCCCGGCGCGAGCGGGACCGGGAGCGCGCCUCGUCCCCGCCCGACCGCAUCGACAUCUUCGGGCGCACGGUGAGCAAGCGCAGCAGCCUGGACGAGAAGCAGAAGCGAGAGGAGGAGGAGAAGAAAGCGGAGUUCGAGCGGCAGCGAAAAAUUCGGCAGCAGGAAAUAGAAGAAAAACUCAUCGAGGAAGAAACAGCACGAAGAGUGGAAGAAUUAGUGGCCAAAAGGGUAGAGGAAGAAUUGGAGAAAAGGAAGGAUGAAAUUGAGCGAGAAGUUCUCCGAAGGGUGGAGGAAGCCAAGCGCAUCAUGGAAAAGCAGUUGCUCGAAGAACUCGAGCGACAGAGACAAGCUGAGCUUGCAGCACAAAAAGCCAGAGAGGAGGAAGAACGUGCAAAACGUGAGGAGCUAGAGCGAAUACUGGAAGAGAAUAACCGAAAAAUUGCAGAAGCACAAGCCAAACUGACUAUUGCUGAUUCAUGGAUCAUACCUAGACCAGCACUGUUCUGGAACAUUGGGAUUUGGCAGAAUAGACUGUGCAUUGCAUGUUAUCAGUACAACUUUCGUGAAAAGAUAUCUUGGAGAAAAAAAGAGUUUGCAUUUGAGACUGUUUGGGAAACUAGCACAUCCUUUGUGUAGGAAAAGACAGAAUGUUACUGCAUAAAGAUGCCAGGAGUGUACGGAGACUUUCGUUUUUGUCCAUUCCUCAUCCUCUCAGUUUUCAGCAAGUUCUUUCAUCUUUUCACACAUUUAUUGGGAGAUACUACUGGAAUAUAUUCUUUUUAAAAGAAUAGAUACUUAGGGAAAUAUGCCCAUGUUGUAGAUAGCACGGGACUUUUCCUGAGUGUGUCAGUAGUGCUGGUUUAUCUUGUUGAAGCAACAGUUCUGUUUGUUUUUAUGACCUAAUAAAUAUGCUAGAAAUGUGGACCGGUUCAUUGUAUAGCAAGAAGAAUGGGAUGCAUUCUUAGCUACUAGAAGGCAAGGGGAGAAGAGGGAGCAGCCAAUCCAUAAUCCAUAUUGUUAGGUGUAAAAAGCAAUUGAUAAGAUGUUAAGUUCUCUUAAAGUAUUUAAUGUACUUAUUGUGGAGACAAGGACAAUUCCAAGAAAAGUUAAUAAUACGAAAAUACUAAGUAGUGGAACAGGUGAUGUGUGAUAAUUGACAUCAUUGCCCAGGUCUCUAGGGAGACCUGGGAACCUUCCUGGAAGAGAUCGUGUGAGCUGGGCCUCUGUGGAUAGUUAGAAAUUGCACUUACGAUGGGGACAGGAGUGUGAGGAAAUGAAGCAGGGAAAAGGCCUCUUGGGGCCUUAGAAUAAAGGCAAGAGUGUGUAGGUGCUCUUGGGAUAGUGGGAUGGGCCGGAGCAGUGAACCAGCUUUUUGUGUAGUCAAGAAGGUGGUGAGGUAAGUGAUGGUAGAUGAGGUUCGAAAGCAGAUUAAAGGAGGGUGGGGAGAGAAGGUUCCCCAAAGGGUAUUUCUUAAACAUUGUAAUCUUGAGAGAAUAAUACAAGGAUUUCUUAGAAGUCGGUAAAGAAGACCAACUCCCUAAUAGAAAAAGAAAAGAGACUUAAAAGAGGAUUCACUCACACAAGUGGAAUGGAAAAGUGCCUUCAUAAAUUCUUGACAAUGUAGCAAAACAAAGGACUCCCCUCCCCCCCCUUUCUUUUCCUCUAAUGCUAAAUACCAGUAGAAAAAGACUUUUUUUUUCCCUCAUUAGCACCAACUGUUGGCAAGGAUAAGGUAUAAAGGGACCUUUUUAUGUCGUGAUUUGGGGAGUUUAAAUGGCUGUGACCAUUUUAGAAAAUAACAGUGAAUCAGUAAAUAUCAGGAGCCUUUAAUUAAUUCUGUGUCUAAGAAUUUUAUCUUGAGAAAAGUGAAUCAGAUACAAAUAAACUAAUAAAAAAAGCUUUUCCCUUUAUUAUUUAGAAUGGUGAAAAUUUCACAGGUUUUUAGAUCACUUAUACAGUUGGUUUUUCUUUAGUCAAAGUAUUUGUUAAUCCAGGGGAAGUAGCUAAAUGCAGAACUUACGUGUACAUUAUGAUCCUGCUAAUUUGAAAAGUAUAUUUGCACGGUUUAGUAGAUGGGAAAAAAAUGCUAAGAAUCGUUAUCUGUAAUUGGUACACUUACAUGUAACUUUAUACUUUUUUCUAGUUUCUAUAUUUUCUACAACUAACAUACAUCACUUUCAUGAUCACAUAAAAAUAAUUAGUAGAGAAAGUAAAUUUAAACCACACUUUGACUAACUUUUAAGUAGGUCCUUAUGACAAAAGUUCAAAGAUUGAUCACAGUAAUGACUGUAAUAAGGAAUGUAUUAGCUUAGCCCCAUGGGCUCUCUCAUGUAGAAUUCAUGUUAGGUACUCUAGACCAGGAGUAGUUUUUGCUCAAAUCCGUUCCAAAUUGUUUGUCAAGAUAUUUGAUUUUAUCUGUCCAAAAGGAGGCAAAAGCAUAUUAACCAACAGACAUGCUUGAUGAAUAAAAUCAAGGAAGAAUUGACACGUGUCUUGGCUUGCCUGGACUUGGCUUUUUGGCAGAUUGGUAUCUAGUUCUGCCUGACUAUUGGCAGUGCACCACUGUCUUCAGAUAUUUGAAAGGGUAUUGUUAGUACAAUGGAGAUUUUUUAUUUUUUUUUAAAAUGUUAAAAAUAGUACUAAAAAAAUUUUUUUUUACUCCUCUUCACAAAAGUUUUUUGUGAUGUGCCUGGGAAAAGCCCAGAUACUGUUCUGAAAUGUGUAUGAAUCCUACUUAUUUAGAAAGGGAAAUAUACUAAGAAAAGUGAUAGAUGUUGCUGUGGAAUUCAGUGUCCCUGCAGGAGGCUAGAGCAGUAGGAAAAACAUGACCCUCAGACUGUCCGUGGGUGGAUGAAAGUGGUAGUCAAAUGUAAUCUGGUUAAUUUGUGAGUAAAUACUGAAACUAUAAUAAGAGUCGGACAGUUUCUAAUAAAAUUAUAAACAUGCUGAUAAAAAGGAAAAAUUGAUUUUAACUGGGAAACAUUGUUUGGAAUUUUUAAAAUAUAUGCAAAUCAUAAGUUUGAGAUCUACAGUGUAUUUCCUCUCUUUAAUAUUAAAAACAGUUUCUUUGUGGUGCUUAGGUGGCUCGGUUGAGUGUCUGACUCUUGAUUUCGGCUCUGGUCAUGAUCCCAGGGUGGUGGGAUUGAGCCCUGCAUCUGGCUGCAUGCUGACCAUGAGCCUGCUUGGAAUUCUCUCUUUGCCCCUUCCCUUUGCACGCGCACUUAUUCGAUCUCUUUCUCUCUCUCUCAAAUUAACAAAGAAAAAAAUAGUUUUUCCUUACCCACUUGCCAAAUAAGGAGAUUUACCAUGUUCAUCAUGCUUAACACUUUGUAACUCUCUCUUUUGAGAAAUGAAAAAAUUGUACCAUGUUUGGAAGUUGAUUAUAUGUGAAAUGUGUUCCACAUACUUAAACCAGAGCUCACUUUGCAAUUAAGAGAUAUCUCUGGAAAAUACCUCCCUGCGCUCCACCCCCUCCCCCCCUCCCCCCACAUACACAAAGCUAUUUGUGUAUUCUGUGUCCUGAUCUCCUGUUACUUUAGUAACACUAGUUACCUUGUGUGAUCCCAAAAAAAGAGUCUUUGUGGAUAUGAUUAAGUUAAAAAUCUUGGGGAGUUUAUCCACUAUGCCCUAAAAGCCAUUCCACAUAACCAUUGUAAGAGGAAGGCAGAGGGGGCUUUUACCACAGUACACACAGGAGAAGCUGAAGACAGAGUAGAGAGAGCUUUGAAGAUUCUGGCCUUGGAGAUUGGAGUGAUGUGGUCAGGAGACAGGGAAUCCUGGCAGCCACCAGGAGCUGGAAGAAGCAAGGAAUAGACUCUCAAUCUAGAGCCUCCUAACGGAGCGGGCCUUGCUGACACUUUGAUUUUGGACCAGUGAUACUGAUUUUGAACUUCUGGCCUCCAGAAUAGUUUUAUGUUGUCUGGACCUACCCAGUUGAUUACCUCAAAAUAUGGAAGUAGUUUUGGAGUUGGACAGUUAAAGUUUGGAAGAAAUCUGAGGCACAUGAUAGAAAAUGCCUGGACGGCCUUAAAAAAGACCGUUGGUAGAAACAGGGACUUUAAAGGUGCUUCUGGUUAAGGCUCAGAAGCAGAGGAAGAGGAUGUUACUUUAAACUAGAGGGAAGGAGGUCCUCGCUGUAUAGUGGUAGGAAACCUGGUAGUGUCCUACAAUUGUGUGGAAGGUGGAACUUCUACGUGUUGAACUGGCAUAUUUAACUAAGGUAUUUCUAAGUGAAGUGUUGAAGGUACAGUCUGGUUUCUUCCCCUGGCUGUUGAUAGUAAAGUUCAAGAACAGAUAGAGGAAAGAACAGAUAAGUAAAAUGGAAUGAGCAGUUGAUGUUUGGAGAAAAUUUCAGCCCAUCUAGAUUACAAAAGAUGCUAUAAAGUCAGGAGGAUUCCUGUUAAAAAAAACUGCAAAGAAAGCCAAGGCUGUGGCUUGACAACCAUUUGCUAGGGCUGAAGAGAUUAUGCCUGUGACUCAUAAGUUCCUUCAGGCACUUUAUAGUAGCAGACACCAGGAGUAAAUGAGAUUAUCCAGGAAAGAUCUGUUGGGGAGCAUCUUGUCCAAUGGCCUGCCAGAUUUGGGAGACCCACAGGGUUUGUGAGGAUGCUGUGUCAGCAGAAACACUGCCAACUUGGACCGAAAAGGACAUGGGGAGGACACCGUGAUGAAGGGCUCGCAGACUCCCAGCAGACUCCACUCGUAUAAGAGAAGGUGACUUGAGGCCAGCACAGAGAAAUUUGAAGAUUGGAGCAGUGCAUAGACAAGCCCAGAAACCCUGGCAGCCUUGAAGAGGCCAGGAACAGAUUCCCUCUGAGAGCCUACAGAAGGAAGGUGGCCCUGUCCACACCUUUAGUUCCAGUGACACUGACUUUGGACUCCUUUGCUCCCAGAGUAAAUUUCUGUUCUCUUAAGCUA